AUGGCAUCUCCUCCCAUUACCGGCUCCAGCAUACCACCAUCAGCGGUACGCCCGUCCAUGUCUGCCGCAGAGAAAAUCGCGUAUUACGAGUCUGUCAUCACCCAGUGCAGGCAGCAGUUCUACAAACAGACGCUCGGGAAUCACGUCUUGAAGAAAAGGGUGAGAAGCACUUGGAAGGAACUGAAGAAACUACGUCAGAGCACGAGGGAGAUUUGCCGAAGAUCUUCCGAUGCAAGGCAGCAACUCUUUAAACUCACUUCUGAAAAGAUUGCUCAGUUAUCGGAGGAGUUACGCGCCUUGCAGUGUGAUAAGAUAGAUACUGUAGGUACUGCACUUAGUAACGAAGCUCAGCUGUCAGCAAGACUGGAUAUGUUGAAGAUCUCGUCUUCAGAGGAACUACGUCAGGCGGCAACCACUUCCCGCCAUCUUCAGGAACUUUGGGACAAGGUCCGUGAACAAAACACAGCGUUAAAGUCACGCGUUGCCGCAAGGAAUCACGAACUUGACCACAUAGAGGGACUUAGAAAUUCUUGUAAGGAGCUCAAAGAGAAGCUUUUAAGUGAGAACGUUCACCAGUGCUAUGAGGAGUGUUACAAAGAAUUUACUUCAGUUGUUCGGGAUUUGGCUACAGAAAUGGAUGAUAAAGACAAAACUCUGUUGGAACUUUACACUGCUAAACAGCUCUCUAUAAACACGCAUAGAGCUGUGACGUACCCCUUGCGGAAAGAGAAGGCACUAUAUGAACAUAGCCAGGAGAAACUGGACUGCAAGCUGAAAGAAGCGCGCGCAACUCUCGCGAGACUUCAGGGCGAGAUUCGCGAGUUGAAAGGCGAGGAGAGGCGAUGCAUGACCUUGGGACAGGCAAUGUCACGUUUGACUAAAGAAUGUCAGGCUAAAAACGCGACUCUUGGAAGUUUAAGGGAACAGAUCGAAGUUUCCGAGAGAAAAGAAGGAAAGGAAUGUCAGCAAAAUCAUCACCGGAAAGAGAAAACUGGAAAAGAUAAACGGCUUCAUAGAGAAACAGAAAACUUGAAGGACAUGCGCAGAACUUUGCGAAGUUACCAACUCGUCGUAGCCUACUGUGGGACCAGCUCCUAUAGAAUACGCCCCGAACAUUAG